AUGACGACGACCAAGAUGACGAUGUCGAUAGUUCAUGAAAUGGAGAUGCGAAUGAAGAAGGGGAUGUAUUUUGUAGAUAAUACCGAUGACACUCUGAACGAGGUCAACAUUUUAGGAGACGACGGUGGUGAACUCGUGUUAGAUUCUGCAAAUGAUCCCUAUGACGACACAGAAGCGCAGUUUUAUGAUUGUGACAAUCGUAGCCGUCAUGAUUUAGAAAGCUCGGACUCCAAAAGAUACUCUCACUACAACGUACACGAGAUCGUUGAUAGUGACAAGGCAAAGUCUACACAUACGUCUAAAAAAAAAGUGUUGACGGUACGCUUAUAG